AUGCCCAGCCCUCGCGGCACUUCGGGAGAGGAGCCAAGGCGAGGCGCUCGUGCACCACCGCUUCCGCGAGGCGAUCGUGCCUUGCCACAGGAGACGGCCGCUCUCAUCUCCAACAGCUCCAGAUCCAGGAAAGAGCACAAGUGUGCCACGUUGGCCGAGUGGAUAGAUGCUGGUGGCAGUUCACACAAAGGUCUCACUUCCCAGACUUCGCAGAUCAGCCUGCUGAUGCUACGCAGCGCUUCGCUGCCCAACGGUUACGGCUUCGAGUUUGAUCGGGUCCUUGGCAGAGUGGUGUUGCGACAUGUGGCUGGAGUGGUCAUUCACGGGCAGGCACUGUUGGUGGAUUGCGACGAUGUCGAGUUCGAUGCGGAGCUGUCCUAUCACUACUGCACCUGGAGCGAGUUUUGCCAGCUGGCUAGCGACGGCGAGCCUCUCCCAUCCAGUAUUUGGAGGCAUUGGCGCACCACGCGGCGAGAGCCUGCGUUCUUUGCCAAGGGCCCCGAGGAAGUCGCCGCGGUCCUCCGCGGUGUGGCACCCCAUGGAGAGUGGGCGCAGGAGCUGUCCUGCUGCAUUCCGUUGCACCAAGCGCCUCCCUUGGGCUCCGGCCUCACAGCGUUGAGGACGCACGUCUUCGAACUCCUGCAAACAUCACAAGAAAAGCCCGGUAGGCCCAGGAACGGCAGAGGUCAAGCCCUCGCAGCCUCGCAGCCUCUGCCAGUCAUGCCAUCCGAAUGGCGGUACAUAUGUAGAGAGGACCAUCAUCUUCGACACGGCUUGCGCUGUAUCGUUGAUCUCGGCGCGGUCAAGAAGGCGGUGGCAGAUGGUCAGGAGUUGUCGUUGCUGCGAGACGAUUUUGGAAACUCACUGCUCGACGCCAUGAUCUGCUGGCCCUCUAGCCACCUACUGAAAGACGAUUGGCCCCAGUUCUUGGAGACCGUGCGGAUCCUGGUCGCAAACGGGGUCACGUGCCAAGUCCGCAUGCACAUGCUGCUGGGCUUUGGGAACGAGCUCUCUCACCGGCUGAACAUCGACAAGCUACAAAUAGCCCUGCACGCUGGUCUGCGGGACAAGUUCAAAGAGGAGGCCUUGCAGCAGUUCCAGCACGAGCAACGGGGGCCUUUUCCAGCUUCGCUGGACACGUGUCUGCUUCGGCGUGUGGUGCGUGAGUUCCCGCGCGAGCAGCUCCUGCGACCUGUCAAGCUGCAGUGCCUUGAGGUGGUCAAGCUAUUACUAGGCAUGAACACUCGCACCGCCAUCAGCAUGGUGCGCAAUGAAAUCCACUGCAUGUAUCUGCGCAUGAGGCACCUACCUUGGCUGCUGUCUGACUAUGCGCUUGACGUGUGCGACGCGCGCUGGCACGGCCUGGACGGCCUUGACCAGAGCGCCUCCGACUCCAAGCCAUCGGCUUUGAGCAUCUGGGCGGCGCAGAUGGAGAUGGUGCGGCAGUGGUGUGCGCUACCGGAGGUGCUUGCAGAGGAUGCCUUGGCCGUGCGAUUCCUGCACAGCCUUGCGGGCCCGUCGGGAAUGGACGUGCCGGGUCCGGCUCUUCGAAUCCUCGAAGCCUUCGUGCUUGGCCCGGCACUGCAUGUGCAGACCUUUGAGGCAUUGCCUUGCGAGCCAGGAAUCCCCAGAAUCGAACUGGGCCGUUUUGCUUUCUCGGAGGACGAGCGGACGGAACUCCUGGCCUGGGAGUCCCAGCAGUCAGACUGGGCAGAGGAGAGCUGUGAGCUGAAUGCAGAAGCGACUCCAGCGUCUCAUUGCGAGGACAAGUCUGUUCAGCCUUUGCCAGAUGCGGCAGAGAUGGAGUCAUUCCUGUGCUUCACAGCUCCAGUUGUGGCCACUGACCAAAAGGCAUUUCUGCUGUCAGCAAUGCUACAGCCAGAUCUUGCCCUCAAGCAGGGCCUGCGCAUCUGGAUGCACCUGAAGUCCAAAGGUGCACAGCGUGACCGCAACGUCAAGUUGGCUUUUCACGUCAGUGAUGGCAGCGACGACGCGGCGUCCGAGCCCGCGGCCCUGGCCAAGAUCGAUGAACGGUGGCUGCUGUCAGCCUCCGGACAAGAGCCCGUGAGGACUGAGAAGCUCGGUACAGACGAUGAGUGGUUGUGGUUGAUGCUGCUACGCGUCAACUCCGGUGGAAAGUGCAAGCUCAACGUUGGAUCGGGAACGCGGGAGCCUCUGAAAUCUCAAGAUGUUUGCCGAACCCUGCGCAAUUUGCGUGGGCACGUCCGCUCGUCGGGGGAGCUUGGCUUGAGCAUGUGCAGUGAAUCCAGCAGAGCCGGCGGACAUCCACACCGAGCGCAUGGACGUACAGUAUCGUUUAACACGACAAUAAAGAAGAAGAAGAAGUCCAAAAGCUUCCUUGAGAAGCCUCAGUGGUCGAGUCGCCAUGGCAAGUACGGGCCGAGACCUGAGCGCAGCCACUCGGCCGAACUUCGCAGGAAGUGA